AUGGAUCGCGUUGAGAAAUCGGUAUUCCCGGCCGUUUCUGAUCCAGUCGCGUUCAGGAAUGCCUUCAUUAGCGACUUCAACAGUCUUGCUGUCACCGGUGCUAUCGUCUCUCAAGUCGCGAUCACAGCGGUUACGCUUCCGUAUAUCAAGGAGGUGCAUUGGACGGCGCAAGGGGCGUUCAUCACUAGUCUGGUGUUGGGCUGUCUAUCGGUCUUCUUCUCCACUCGGAUACAGCGGUCACUCACUGCGUUGGCAACUGCUGACGAUGUGAAAGACUGGCUAUGCAAGCCUAUCUCUAGCAUGGAGUACACCGCAUUCGAGAAACGGCUGAGACCAAGGAUAAGGCAUGCUCAAAUCACUUCCGCGGGAGAGGAGCGGGAGCUUGUCCGGAAAGACAUCGUGCGCUUUCUCGAAGGCCAUCGAUGGAAACGUGCAAGCUUCUAUUCUUGUGCCAUCUUGUCAAUCCCGCCUGAGCUACUCAAUGCGUCGAUGGGGGCGUUCUUAGUGGGCCUAGGGAUAUACCUAGGUUGCCUAUGGGCGCAAGAUCUUGAUCCUAUCUCUGGCAAGACCGCGCCGAGGGCGUUAUUGAUAUGUUACCUCCUUGUUGCUGCGCUAGGUCUUGGUAGAUUCUACUGGGCGGAUCAUGGAAAAGAAAAGGAACUGUCCCCGAUCAGAGAAUGGCUUCGUGAACUCACGGUGGACUCUAUGUUUACGGCCACAGCUGGGGAUGUGGAGACUGGGACUGCCUCCGGGACUGGAGCCACAACCUGUGCGCCCAGUCAAGUUACGCCUUUGGCGGAUGGUGGAGAUGACCCUGAAGGCGCUUCGCUGGCUGACCCUCCCCAGGGUACAAACCCACGCGCGGAAAGUGGAGACUGA